AUGUUUCCUCGGAUCCCUCAUAAAAUAAAAAUCAGCGGCCUCCACCUCCACAGCCACCACACCAGCAGGUGCAGUCUCCACUGCCACUACAACAGCGGCCUCCACCUCCACAACCACCACACCAGCAGGUGCAGUCUCCACAGCCACUACACCAGCGGCCUCCACCUCCACAGCCACCACACCAGCAGGUGCAGUCUUCACAGCCACUACACCAGCGGCCUCCACCUCCACAACCACCACACCAGCAGGAGUCUGGAGAUCGCUGCUGCUGCAGCUGCCCGUUACCACGCUGCUUGGUCCUUUGGUGGUGGGUUAUUCUGUAACAUUCGUCGUCUUCCUCUGAUGAGAAGUCUGUUGUCGUUCACCUUCCUCCACUACACACUGGCCUUCACCUCUGUGGUGCUGUUCUACAUCUACUACACCCAGCCUAAAGACUGCCCCGAGCACGAGGUCUUCAUCAGCCUCAACCUCAUCUUCAGCGUCAUCAUCUCCAUCCUGCCCAAAUUACAGACCGGGCCCAGCCUGGUCUGCUCCAGGCCUCUCAUCUCCCUCUACACCAUGUAUGUCACCUGGUCCGCCUUGACCAACGACCCAAACCGUAAGUGUAACCCCAGCCUGCUAAGUCUGGUGUCAAAUGUCAGCUCCAGCGAGCCCACACCCACCAGUGCCCCAGCACAGGUGCAGUGGUGGGAUGCCCAGAGCAUUGUGGGUUUGGUCAUCUUCCUCUUCUGCACUCUCUAUGCCAGCAUACGUUCGUCCAACAACACUCAGGUGAACAAGCUGAUGCAGACCGAGGAGGGCGGGGGUUAUGGAGAAGAGGGCGAGGUAGGGGAGGACAAUGUGCGAGGGGCUGUGAAUAAUGAGGGUGAGGGGGUCACCUACAGCUACUCCUUAUUCCACUUACACUUCUGCCUGGCCUCCCUCUACAUCAUGAGGACACUCACCAACUGGUACCAGCCAGACAUCACCAGCCAGGCCAUGCAGAGCAGUAUGCCAGCUGUGUGGGUGAAGAUCAGCUCCAGUUGGCUGGGCCUGGGCCUCUACCUCUGGACCCUGCUCGCCCCUCUCAUGUUUCCCGACCGAGACUUCAGCUGAACAGC